AUGAGUUCUGGAAUUCUCAAGACUGACAAUGAGCGCAUUGUCGACGCGAAUGGCGACGCCGUUCUACUGCGCGGUACUGCGCUAGGUGGAUGGAUGCUCAUGGAGAAUUUCAUGAACGGUUUCCCCGGGCGCGAACAUCAGAUCCGAGCCGCCCUUCUCAAGGUCCUUGGGCAAGAAAAACACGACUUCUUUUUCGACAAGUUCCUCGAAUACUUUUUCACCGACAAAGAUGCCGAGUUCCUUGCUUCCCUCAAGUUUAACUGCUUGCGUCUAUGUCUGAACUACAGACAUUUCGAAGAUGACAUGAACCCUUUUGUCAUCAAGGAAGAGGGCUUCAAGCAUGUUGAUAGAGUCAUCAACCUCUGCGCCAAAUACGGCAUCUACACCAUUCUCGAUCUCCACGCGCUUCCUGGUGGCCAAAACCAGGACUGGCACUCCGACAACCCGACCGGAUACGCUGCUUUUUGGGACCACAAGCACUUCCAAGACCGAGCCAUCAACCUUUGGGAGCACAUUGCACGACGGUACAAAGGCAACCCUUGGGUCGCUGGUUACAACCCCAUGAAUGAGCCUGCCGAUUCUGAAUGGACGCGUCUACUCGCGUUCUAUGAUCGUAUCGUGCCAGCUAUCCGGGCCAUUGAUCCAGACCACAUUCUGUUCUUGGAGGGCAACACCUUCAGUAUGGACUUUACUGGAUUCGACAAAGUUUGGGAAAACUCCGUAUACGCGAUCCACGAUUACUGCGGUUUCGGGUUCCCCAACCGCAUCGGCCGAUUCCAGGGUACACAAGAACAGGAAAGCUACAUUCGAAGGAUGUACGACAGAAAGGUCGAAUUUAUGAAGAAGCACAACGUGCCCAUCUGGAAUGGUGAAUUCGGACCUAUCUACGAACGAAAAGAAUACAAUCCAGAUUGGGAAGUACAAAACGAAGAACGAUAUAAUAUGCUUGAUCGUCAAAUGGCUAUCUACACUUCAGAAAGCAUCGCUUGGUCGAUUUGGUCAUACAAAGACGUCAACGUCAUGGGAAUGACCUACGUUUCCCCAGACUCCCCAUGGCUGAAACUACUCGGACCAAUGAUCAAGAAGAAGCGCGAUCUUGCCGUCGACUCCUGGGCUUAUGACGACGCACACCUUCAAGAUGGUCUCUUCGGUCCCUUGCACAAGUGGUUCGAGGACAACGUCCCAGCGCAAUAUUCCAAGAAGUACCCUUGGCAAUGGCGCAUGCACAUGCAUGUAUUCCGUGGCAUUCGUGGAAUCACCCUUGCCGAGUACAUGAUCCCUGAGUGGGCAGAUUACUUUAAGGAUAAGUCGUUUGAAGAGCUGGAUGAGCUCGCAGCAAGCUGGAAGUAUGAGAACUGCAUACAGAGGGGCAGACUGAAUGAGAUACUGGAGCUCUAUGCACCUAUGAAAGCUGGCGAUGAACGCUUGGAAGGCAAGGUCAUUGAGUCGGAGCAGGACUCAGGCGACGGUGCGAUCUCUAAAGAGCAAUCUGUUUCGGGAGUUGGUAUUUUUGAGCUAUCGCCUGAAGAAAAGGCAAAGGCUGAGCUUAAGAAGCAGCAGCAGCAGGCUCAACCUGUACCUGUUGCAGCAUAA